GUAAAUCCGGUUAGUGGACGUCGGAAGUAGUCGUACUGUGAAACAAUUUACCACUCGCAUCGCUGCCUUCCAGCGCAAGCGUGAAAUAAUCACUUCGAGUUCUCCGAUCAACGGAGCCCUGCGUCCGACACAUUCACCAUCCCACCAGAGUCCAGUCUCAGGGCACUAUGUCCAGUGAUCCUCCUCCACCUUACCCUGGAGGUCCUAGUGCUCCCCUCAUUGAGGAGAAGAACGGACAAGCAGGUACAAUUGAAAUCUGUCGUGUUGAUUGGAUAUGCGCAGUGCAGCAUAUUGCUUCAUUUCCUUUGUCUUAUGUUGAAACAGCUCCUGUAAGAACAGGGCCCCCGCAGGGUCAACCUCUACCUCCCGAGUAUGGCCCACCCCCGUACGAAGGCCCGCAUCCAGGCUUCCUUCCGCCACAUGUACCCGGAGACGGGCCCAUGCCGAUGCCGAUGCCCAUGCAAAUGCCCCCGCCAACUCAAGGUGGCAUCUACCCGCCGCCCGGCCACUUCCCGCACCCCAUGCCGGGCCACAUGGGCCCCGCCCCCUUCGUGCACAUGGGCGGCCACACGGCGACCACCGUGGUGGCCCCGCCGGGCAGCGCCACCACGGUGACCGUGCUGCAGGGCGAGAUGUUCCAGACGUCGCCGGUGCAGACGGUGUGUCCGCACUGCCAGCAGGCCAUCGUCACGCGCAUCUCCCACGACAUGGGCCUCAUGAACACCCUCUUCUGUCUCUUCUGCUUCUUCGUGGGGUGCAAUCUGGGCUGCUGUUUGAUUCCCUGUCUGAUCGAUGACCUGAAGGAUGUGACGCACACCUGCCCCUACUGCAAGGGUUACAUCUACACAUACAAACGUAUAUGCUAACCACCACUGAGGUUCGCUCGCAGCACUAUUCCCCCUUUUCCUAUCUCCACCUUUACGUUUGCAACACGUCACACUCUUAAUUUGUCUUUGUAAACCGAGUUAGUAUGUUGUAAAUAUCUUUCACCUCAUACGUUCAUGCAGAAGUUCGAUGGGCAGCAUUAUUAUAUAUUUUUUUGGUUUCCUCUUUUGUCAAAAGUGAAAGCUUGUUACGAUGUUACAUGUGUAGAUGAAGAAGUGAUUUUGUUCGGAAGGGCUGUGAAACUGGUCACUUUAUCUGAACUGAUCUGUAAAUUAUUUAAUAAUCUUAUUUAUCGGGAGUUUGUUUAAACAUGUCCAUCUCGAAGACUUUGAAAAUUUGUCCCCAGGUCACUUUAGAUUCUCUACUGAUCCUGUCUUGAAUGUAAACAUUUCCAUCUUGAUGUUUUUGCUUCCCCCCCUCCCUUGAAUCAUUUUCAUGAGUCAUCUUCCAGGGUUUUUUUUCGGUUAUGUACAAAAAUGAUUGACAGCUAAGCCUUUCCCCUGUUCAUGAUGUACUUCAAGAAAAAAAAUGAAGACAAUAUUAGCAUUUUAAGGACAAAUUACCCUCCCCUAAAGUCACUAUAGUUGAGACUUCUUCGGGCUUUGUCGUUCACGAAUCCCUCCGUAGGUGCACUUAAGAAGAGGAAGUUAACUGUUACCAGUGUGUGAAUCUGAUCUCAUUCUAGAAUGUAUUGUCGCCAAAACUGUCGGACGAAUGUUGGUCACCACCGCAGUCAACAGGUUGCUUGUGACAGACGAGAAUGUUAAAGAACAAGUUAGGUUAGUGUCAUGCUCAUGUUUUAAAAUGAUGCUCACAAUCAUGUUGAAAAUAGGAAGUAGCUGCCAAAACGUGAAUAUAUCCAAGUCACAGAGUUUGAUAGUGAUGACAUAUUCAGAUUUCAAACAAUUCUUCGUCAACAGCAUGACCCCGUAAGUAGUUUACUACUUCACAGGUACUGCGCAUUGAAAUGAUGCAAAAUGUUAAAUAACGCCAUGACUAAAUGUGCAUUCAUUUCAUUUGCAUCUUUUUUUAGGCUUGCAAAAAUGUGCAAUUAAAAAAAGGUUUUAUUACAAAGUACUGUAUAUGCCAUUGUGAUGGUUAAAAAUUGCCAGUCUGCAUUGCUCUCAAUGUGUGUGAACUGUAUAACGAUGUGUCAAAUUUGUUUGACAGUUGUACAUAGGUACUAUUUUAUCAAUAAAAAUCAAGUACAUCACUGAAA